AUGGAUGAAGUAAAACGGCGACUCGAGGAAUAUCGCCGUAGUCGAGCGAUCGAAAAUCACACUCUUUUGAAAACUGCUGUUGACGGAAAAACUGAGGAUGGCAACAUUUCCGUGCCAGAAAUCGGUGCUACAGUCGGCGAUGAUGUAGUUGAACCAUAUAAGCGGUCUUGGAUCGAACGACUGCAAAAGAUGUUAUUUAUUUUAUUGAUAUGGCUGAUUAUGUUCUAUUUUUCCGUUUAUUUCGCCUACUCAGUUUUCAAUCCUAACUGUGAACGUCUUCCAGGUACUCUGACGGCUGAACAGCUUGACAGCGAAAUCCGCAGAGGCGUUUUCUGA